GCCCGGGCGCCUGCGCAGACGCGCUUUCUCAGGCGGCAGCCAUGGCGGGGCAGGAGGACCCGGUACAGCGGGAGAUUCACCAGGACUGGGCGAACCGGGAGUACAUCGAGGUCAUCACCAGCAGCAUCAAGAAAAUCGCGGACUUUCUCAACUCGUUCGAUAUGUCUUGUCGUUCAAGACUCGCCACACUGAACGAGAAGCUAACAGCCCUUGAGCGGAGGAUAGAGUACAUCGAGGCCCGGGUGACGAAAGGCGAGACCCUCACCUAGACCCACCAUGCCGCUGCUGGGGAGCUGCUCUCCGGGGCCCCGGCCUGCUUGGGAAAGGCCCCGGCAGCCUCCCGCCUUCCUCUCCGCAGAGAGCAACAGGGCUGAUUCUUGUUUUCCUUUUUCCAAGUGUGUGGCCUAUGGGCCCCGCCGCCCGUCUGGGAGGAUGAUGUGGCAUGUGGCGGUGUCCGGGGACCCUUGGGAACGGCAUUAGGUGCCGACCUCACAGUCGCAUUCUGUAGAGCUCCUUGUCCAUGUAUUGCGGUGUCCAGAGCCCAAAGUCCGGCCCGUGUCGAGGCCCUCCUCAGGCCCCCCCGCCCCGCCCCGAUUCCCCUGACGCUCUCCUUGCCGCUGCAGUGACUCUGUGAGCAGUCCCCUCCCGCCCAUGGGCUGAGGCCAAGGCCUUCCUGGCCGUCACCUUGGCCUGGCAGGUGACUGCCGGAUCUUGUUGCUAGCCCCCAGUUUCUGGUCCUUUGGGGCAGUCAAGGCCAAGCCCUCACCUGAAGGAAUAUUUUCAGAGUUUUCUUUCUGUCACUUGGGGUGUCUUGGCUCUCCUGUUUCCCAAUAAAUUCCUCAACUUUGCCUGA